AUGUCAAUGGUUAAGUCCCCUCCCCCGUCCCAUUCGGGAUUUCUAGCUCCAGUCCGGCCUCGUUUUAACUCUCAACGCACCUCGGAUCGCCUGCGUGAGGCUCAGACUUUUGUAACACCACCAUUUAAAAUGGGAGGCGCUAUUAAAAAAGGCAGAAGAUCCGUCUUUAAAGAAGUUGGUCUAGAACACGAUUUGGAUUAUCCCACUUCUGCAUCAGCACCUUCACUGUUGUCAGACGAGCAGCUUGGCACCCAUGACAACGACAAACACUUGAGUGAUAGCUCUGAUAUCCUUGGAUCGUCCAGCAACAAGCGACAACUCGAGCAAGACGACGACCACAGUCAGGAUAACAACGACCGCCAACGCCCUCGACAGUUAUCACUUUCAUCGCCCAAGACUUGGUACACCAUAUUGUCAAACCCCAAAGGCCGACCCAGAAUCAAGAGCACUUCGGGUGUGUCCCCAGGCGUCUCGGGCCUGCAGCGCUUCACUAUGUUAGCGCUCCUCAUUGCCAUUAUACUUCCGGCAUUCAGUUGGCGAAAUGGCCAUUCAUUUUCAGAUAUCAAUGGCGCCAAUGCUGGCGUGAUUCAGAAACGCGAGAUCAGCCCUACCAAGGUUUGCACACGAUGGGGUCUCCAAGCUGCCCAGUUGAAUGGAACACUCUACUUAUAUGGCGGUCGCUCAAGAUCAAAAGCCGACCAGGUCGAAGACACAUGGAACAACAAUUUUCUAACACUGGACCUCACUAAGGACUGGGAUAUAGGCUCGCCCGCUCUCAAGGGUCUCGAGAAACCGGAUGGUCCUCCCGAGGUCUCUAUGGGGUAUUUGUGGCAUGAUUACAAUAAUCUGUAUCUUUAUGGCGGCCAAUUCUCCGAUACACCCUAUGUUGAUCCCGAGCCCGAGUCUGUCUGGCGUUAUUCCAUCAAGAAUGAAGAAUGGACCGAAUUUAAGAACCCCGAAACCUCAGCCGGCAAUGAAUCAGAGCCAGGGAAUCGACCAGUUCACCGUGCUGCCGAGGGAGCAGGCCUAUCUGUGCCUGAGCUCGGCCUAAGCUGGUACUUUGGCGGCCAUCUCGACUGGGCCACCACCCCAGGCUGGUCGCGCAGUGUUGAUCGUGUAUAUCUCAAGAGUCUUCUCGAAUUCACACACCCAGGCUAUGUUAACACCGGCGUCGAUAGCCUCUCUGACGGCACAGGCGCAGGUGAAAGCGGGGCUUAUCGCAACAUCACAAAAGCAGGCAUCCAGACCGGUAACUUCACUGAGAGGGCAGAUGGUGUCUUGGUGUUUGUGCCAGGUUGGGGCGAGCAAGGUGUUCUCAUCGGUCUUGCUGGCGGCACCAACGAAACAUUUACUGAGGAUCUCGGCACACUGAACGUAUACGACAUUGCCAAUUCCGAAUGGUUCCAUCAAGAAACGUCCGGAGAUACACCCAGCGUUCGUGUUAAUCCUUGUGCCGUCAUCGCUAGCGCGCCGGAUGCGUCAAGUUUCCAGAUUUACAUGUUUGGUGGACAGAAUCUUCCUUUUGGAAACCAAACGCAGUACGAUGACAUGUACAUCCUGACCAUUCCCUCCUUCACGUGGAUCAAAGUCGACCAAAACGACGACAACAGACCCGCUGCCCGAGCUGGCCAUUCAUGCGCCAUGUAUGAUGGCCAAAUGGUGGUCGUUGGUGGAGUAGGAGAGGACAUUGGAUGUGAUCCGGGUAUGUACGUAUUCGAUGCAACCUCACUCAAGUGGAAGGAUCAAUUCAAGGCUGGCAAUCACGAUUCGGACCAUCAUCCCGAUAACUUCGUUCUCGCCGGGUCCCAUGGAUACGAGGUCCCGGACGCUGUACGCAAGGUCGUGGGUGGGGACAAGGACGGCAGCGCUACCGUUACCACCCCCGCUGUGGGGCCGGCUACGGGUGGUCCGUUCUUAACGGGCAAGCCGCCGGUUUUCACAGUUACCUCCGGGCCGACAGCGACAGUACGGGUCGGCCAGACUGGUACUGCAGCCGCCUCUCCGGAUGGAGAAGAAGACGAUGGUGGAGUUAAUGGCGGUCUCGUAGCUGCAGGGGUAAUCGCUGGCAUCUUUGGUGCUCUCGCCUGUUAUCUUGGUUUCUGUGCCUGGCUCUAUCGCCGGCAAGUCAACGCCUACAAACAGCACCUCGCAGUAUCAAACCGCUACUCUGUUGCGUCCAACUCUCUUCUCAACCCUUCAGCCCUUACUGCUGCUGGUACUACCCGCCCCAAGCGUGCUAUCUCCCAGCGCAGCCUCUUUGGCUGGGUCGGCCCUAGCCGCAAUCAGGGAUAUACCACAGAGCCCAAAUGGAACCCUGAGGAUGAAGAUGAUACCACGCCAGGCGCUCCCGGGUCCAGCAGCGGGUCUGGAGGUGCCAAGCGCAGUGAGGACACGAGACCCGGAACGAGUCAUAGCGGAGGCUCGACCGAAGGGCUGCUCGAAGGCCAGGAACCGAGUUUCUUCAGCGUCGUUAUGGGUCCUCGCCGGGCGUUGCGGGUUGUCAAUAAUGCCGAGUAA